UUAUUAAAGAGUUUGAAAAUGAUGAACUUGCCGGGCACAUUUCUCUUUGGUUGAUCACGAUCAGAUGAGAGAAAUGCCUACUACUGCUAAGUUGAAGAAAGGUUCUGAUUAAUCUUGGCGGUACGUUCGAAAUUGGUGACAUUUUUGCACGUGUUUGCUCUGAAAUUUAUUUACUGCUUAUUGUCAUAUAAUUCUUGAAAUUAUGGUCCAAAUCUCUAAAAAACGUGUUCGUAGAAACACAAUUGUUUUAGAUAGUGGCUUAAAUUCGGUUAUAACUGCAUUACCGCCUGGUAAUACAGUAUCAACUACUAGCUCUCAAAAUGGUUUGAGUGCAGAUCUCACUCCUGUGAUACAGGUGAAAGAUGUUCUGUUAGAGAACUCUGAGUUCUGUAAACUAAACCUCCUUUUGAAAGAUAUGCAGAGGCAAGUAAGUGAAAUUCAGAAAAAAUUAGAUCAGUUUGAUAGUAUGUCACUGCCAAUCUCAAAUACCACGGAGAGCCGUUCUGAUAUUGGCCAGGUUAAGUGUUUACUGGAUGUAACUCAAAAUAAGCUUUUGAAUUUAGACCCAAUAGCCUGUCUUUUAGAAAGGCAUCCUAAAAUAUCUCCAGACAACCUAAAUAAAGCUGAAAAUCUGAUUGACUGCUUGGCUACGGAGGUGAUGAAGCGUAUAACCUCUUCUCACCAAGCUAUAGUUUACAACGUCCCAGACUCUCUGCCCCUGAAAACUGUAAGACACAAAAUCCUGAUUUGUUGCGGCAUGGCUAGUGUUCCAUGUGAAUGCAAACGACUUCGUAAAAAGUCUAACCAGGCUAAUUGCCCAAUCAUUUUUAAAUUCAGUAAUUCCCUUGAUGCUAGUAAGUUUACUAAAUGUCAGGAUCACUUAAGACUGAAUAGCAGUUAUAAGUCUAUAACCGUAGCUCAGGAUAAAACACCGUGUCAGCGCAGAAUAAUGCGUAGUAAUAACCUGGUCACCUCCUCUAGCUCUAGCUUUGAUUUACCAAAUAAGGAUCGUGCACAGCAACAGACACCUAGUGCUGAAACUAGCAUUCAGCAAACUACACAACAACCACACCUGCCAAUGGAACUAGGAACUGAUUUAGAUACCAGUACCCCUGUAAACAAAGCCUCAUCGAAAGAUGUUAAAAUGACUAGAACUUCUGCAAGUUGUUCUAAGAAAUUUCCCCCCAAACGUAGUAACCUCACCACGAUGAACAAAUUUCGCAGGGUUGAGACUAAUGAUGGGGAAGAAUACUUUGUAUUCAAUAAGCCUGCUGAGAGUAAGAAUGCCAACAAACCAUCACUUGUUACGAAAAACUCCUCUCGAAACAUAAGUACAUCUGGAGGUGUUCCGCAUGCUCCACCUUAUAGAAAGUCAGGCUCCAAGACUCCUAAAGUCUUGCAGCCAAAGCACCUUCCUUCACAAUUCCCUUUAAGUUAUAAAAACAACCCGAAGGUGUAUACCGGUAUGACGAAUAGCAGUUGGAUGGGUAGACCUUCUGAUGCUAUGCCUUUUAACCGCCAACCUAGGCCCAACCUGUACUACCCUUAUAUCCAGGAACACAUGGUAAAUUUUCCAGGUGUCCUGAAUCACUGGUACGACCCAUGGCACCUAGGACCACCUCAUUGCACACCAACUCCGAUGUGCAGACACCCAGUCCGACCUCCUUUUCAUUCAUAAAUUCUUGCGGUGCUGACGCACAAAUAGAUUUAGGUUAUGGUGACAUUUUAAGCCAGUUUGUAGUAUCCCGUGACUUAUUCACGAUAUUGCUAAUUAAUGCACGCUCCUUAAUCAAU